AUCCACCCCGAAGUCAAUCAACCCCGAGAAUGUCGGCCCAGCUAAGAUAAACAAUCUGGCUUGAUUACAAUACAAUGUAAAUUCUGUCGCAAUGCACGCUCAACUCGUCAUCUUGGUAUUCCUGUCGUGGUGCGCCCAUUUCUCCCGACUCCAGCAGGUCGCGAGCGACCAGUAUAGGUACUACAACAUCGGGGUGCUGAUGGCCUCCCACCUGGACUCGCCGUUUGACCUGGAACGCUGCGGGCCCGCCAUCGACAUGGCCCUCGAGCAGAUCAACGACAGGUUCCUGGCGCAUCACGGGAUCAGGCUGAAGAAGGUCCAGGAAAGCUACCCCUCGUGCAGCGGCGCCCGCGCCCCCGGUUUGGCGGCCGACAUGCACUUUAAAUCCGACGUGAUUGCAUUCGUGGGCCCCGCUUGUUUAUUCGCCCUUGAACCUGUUGCCCGACUGGCGGCCUACUGGAACACCCCCAUCAUCACGGGAAUGGGGGACCAGCCGCCCACCGAGGGGGAGCUCUCGGUCACUUCGGGGAUCCUGGGCCGCCUGCAGAAGUGGAAUAAGAGCGACAGCGCCGGAAUUCUGAAAGACAAGAGCAAGUACCCAACCCUAACAAGAAUGUCCUAUUGCCAAUGUAGACUGAAGUCAGUUUUUUCGAGCAUUUUUAAGCAGUUUGGGUGGCGACAUAUUGCCCUAAUCCUUGACAGGUCUGAUUUAUUUUCGUUAACUGCUGGGAAAAACCUGGAACACGGCUUAAAAAAGCAAGGCCUCCUCACUUUCAUGCGCGAGCUGGACGGCAACGACAACGAAUCCAUCGACAACUACCUCCGCGACGCCAGCAUGUACGCCAGAGUGGUGAUUUUGAGCGUCCGCGGAAGCCUGGUGCGCAAGUUUAUGCUGGCCGCGCACUCCCUGGGGAUGACCAAGGGCGACUGGACCUUCCUGGACGUGGAGAUCUUCCAGGGGUCUUACUGGAAGGACCACGACUGGGAAGCGGGAGACAGCAACGACGCGGCGGCUCGGAAGGCCUACGAGGCGCUGCUGAGGGUGUCUUUGCUGCAGCCCACGAGCGACCAGUUCCAGGAUUUCGCAGACAGGGUGAAGGAGCGGGCGCUGAGGGACUACAACUAUAGCAUAAGCGAAGGAGAGGAGAUCAAUUUUGUGAUUGGGGCUUUUUAUGAUGGGGUGUAUUUGUUGGGAAUGGCGCUGAACGAGACUUUGAUGGAAGGCGGGGAUAUUAGGAACGGGAUUAACAUUACGACGAGGAUGUGGGCGAGGGAUUUUCAUGGAAUCACAGGACAUGUCCGCAUUGACAACAACGGCGACAGGGACGCUGAUUACUCAGUCCUGGAUCUGGACCCAAUUACAGGAAAAUUUGAAGUAGUGGCCCACUACUAUGGUGUCCAUAAACGUUAUUCGCCCGUCCAAGGCAAAAAAAUUCACUGGCCUGGAGGAAUGGAAGGCCCACCACCCGAUAUUCCAAGGUGCGGCUUCCUGGACAAUGACCCAGACUGUCGGAACCAUGAAACCUACAAAAUCAUCUUGUAUGGAUCUUUCGCCUUUGGGGUCUUCCUGGCUUUCAUUGUCACGAUUGUCUGCAUCUGCAACAAACAAAUGAGAAUCGCCGCCGACCUCAACAACAUGUCCUGGCGCAUCCGCCCCGAGGAAGUCCUAAUCGAAAUCGGCAAACCCUUCGGAUCAAAACUGGCCCUCCAAAAACCGCCAGAAACCUUCGGUCUACGCAGCGCCCGCGCCUCCAUCACCUCCACCAACUCCAUCCAAACCAAAAUCUUCACCACCGUAGGCAUCUACAAGGGAAAUCGCGUCGCUAUCAAAAAAAUUUCGAAAAAGAAGGUCGACAUUAAUAAAAAAUUGCUGUGGGAGAUCAAGCAAGUGCGGGAUGUGACCCACGAGAACACCGUUAGGUUCCUGGGGGCGUGCAUCGAGUGCCCCACCGUACUAAUUUUGACCGAGUACUGUCCAAGGGGGAGCUUGAAGGACGUGUUAGACAACGAAGAAAUCCAACUAGACUGGAAUUUUCGGAUGUCGCUGAUCCAUGACGUCGUUAAGGGGAUGAGUUACCUCCACAGCUGCGAAGUGUCAGUUCACGGUAAACUAAGAUCUUGUAAUUGUUUGAUUGACGGUCGAUUCGUUUUGAAGAUUUCUGAUUUUGGACUUACGACUUUAACAUCACCUAUGCAAGUGGAAAAGGACUCCGAUUUUUACAAAAAGAUGUUGUGGGUGGCCCCAGAACUGCUUCCUUUGACAGUGAUUCCAGGUACUCCAGCUACUCAAAAAGGUGACGUUUAUAGUUUCAGCAUCAUUCUAGAGGAGAUUAUAGUGAGAGGGGGACCCUACGAAGCCGCUCGACAGUUUCUGGAGCCUCAUGAAAUCAUUUCCAGAGUUGCUGCUCGCGAAAACCCCCCGUUUCGUCCGGCGAUCACCCACAGGCACUGCCCUGAAGACCUGGUAGACUUGAUGGACCGCUGCUGGAACGACAACCCCGAAGAAAGACCCACAUUCGAGACCAUCAAAAUUACUCUACGGGGAAUAAUGAAAGGUUAUUGUGAAAACCUCAUGGAUGACCUUCUUCGUCGCAUGGAACAGUACGCCAACAAUUUAGAGGCGCUAGUUGGCGAAAAAACCGAACAACUGAGUCAAGAGAAGCGAAGAUCUGAAGAACUAUUGUAUCAAGUACUACCACGUCCGGUAGCCCAACAGUUGAUGGCCGGAGAAUUAGUGCAGCCAGAACAGUUUGAAUGUGUGACUGUCUAUUUUAGCGACAUCGUCGGAUUUACUGCUUUGUGUGCCAAAAGUAGCCCAAUGCAAGUGGUGGAUUUUUUGAACGAUCUGUAUAGUACCUUCGACAGGAUUAUAGGGUCGUUCGAUGUUUAUAAGGUGGAAACUAUAGGGGAUGCAUACAUGGUGGUGUCUGGGCUUCCGGAACGCAAUGGGGAUGCGCAUGCUAAAGAAAUAGCGCUUUUGUCUUUGGCGAUUUUGGACGCUAUUCGGUGCUUUAGUAUCCAGCACAAUCCGGACUACCAGUUGAAGGUGAGGAUUGGGAUUCAUUCCGGGCCGGUGUGUGCAGGGGUGGUGGGGCAAAAAAUGCCCCAUUAUUGUUUGUUUGGUGACACAGUAAACACAGCUAGUCGGAUGGAGAGUACCGGACAGCCUUUGAAGAUACAUGUGAGUGAAGCUACUAAAAAUAUCCUGGAGAAGUUUAGGACUUUUCGUCUGGAGUUGCGAGGCGAGGUUGAGUUGAAAGGGAAGGGGUUUGUUACUACGUACUGGUUGAUGGGUAGUACUGAGCCGGUGGCUAAGCCUCCAUCACCGGCCACUUGUAUGGGGGACCAAGAUGUUAAUCCAUAUCCACUUAUUUUUAUGGGAAAUUAA